CCCGGCAGCUCGCUUCCGUUUCCGCCUGCGUGUCCCGGGGCGGCGGGGCCGGGAUCAGGAGAAGGGACCGGGAUCGGGGAGCACCGCACCGCCGCCAUGGAGACGCUGUUCCGCCUCCCGUUCGCCGUGCUGGAGUGCCCCAACAUCAAGCUGAAGCGGCCGAGCUGGGUGCACAUGCCCUCGGCCAUGACGGUGUACGCGUUGGUCGUGGUCUCCUAUUUCCUCAUCACCGGAGGGAUUAUCUACGACGUGAUCGUGGAGCCUCCCAGCGUGGGCUCGAUGACAGACGAACACGGGCACCAGAGGCCGGUGGCUUUCUUGGCGUACAGAGUGAAUGGUCAAUAUAUCAUGGAAGGGCUUGCAUCCAGCUUCCUCUUCACAAUGGGUGGCCUGGGGUUCAUCAUUCUGGAUCGAUCCAAUGCACCAAAUAUCCCCAAGCUGAACAGGUUUCUUCUGCUCUUUAUUGGAUUUGUCAGUGUGCUUCUCAGCUUCUUCAUGGCCAGAGUUUUCAUGAGGAUGAAACUACCGGGUUACUUGAUGGGUUAGUGCCACGUGUGAUGUAUGAAAGCCUGAGCUGAAUUUACUCCUCUUCAUCAAGUGUUGGAAAAGAAGCAGCAAGCAACUAAUUCCACGGUCACCACCAACAGGAAAGAGACCUGACCAGGAGAACCAACAAGGGAAAGAGUGCUUUUGCCCUGCAGAAAAGCUCUCACUACCAGUAGCUGUAGUUUUGAAGCAAUGUUCUCUCAUUUCUGUUUUGGAGCUUUGGAAAAGGAGGAGUUACCUUGAUGUGAUUUUCUUUUAUCUCCCAACCCAGUAUGAAACAGAGAACAUAUUUGUAGCUCUACCUGGAAUGAGUAUUGGCCACUGGCUCAACAGUUCUUUGUUGCAGGUCUGUCUUCUUUUUUUCUGUGUGGGAAAUCAGAGAAGAAACAUCUGAAAUCCUUCUUUCCAAGUUAUAAUUAGAAAAUCAGUAACUUUGGAUGCUUUGCAGCCAAAACACAAUGUGUCUGGAAUUAUCUCAAAGGCACCUUUUGCCUUGGUAUUAGUGGCUCUAUGUGAGCAAGUCCAGACAUGCACUGAGACAGGUAACUGUUUAAAUGUGCAUUUCUUUUUGAAAAACUGUAUGAAAGGAGCCAAAUAAAAUUUAUUUUCUACAAAAUAAUUUUAAUU